UGCUACAAUGCGCAGCAGGCCCGCAAGAGAAAUCGGUGAAUGGCAGGUUGUCUCUCUCCGCAACCAACUCAUUCCUCACGACCAACUCAUUCCUCACUGUGCACAAUCUUCCUCACUGUGCACAAUCUUCACUCCGAAAACGUUUAUACCCACCAUUUUGCAUCCUUCCAAAUCACAGAAGUGUGAGAAAACAAUGAGAAAACUCCUCAAAUCCCUCCUCAACGGCCAAGGCCACCACCUUUUCAGACCUCCAUCUAUCCCACCUCAUUUGGGUUUCCUCCGUAUGCCAUAUGCUUCCUCUUUCUCACUUCCUUCUGUCUCUUCUAUGGAAUUUGAAAUCUCUAUUAUCGACCGGGCCUGCAACUUGGUCCAAAACUAUCAGUGGAUCUCUCUCAAAACUGAGUUUCCUUCGAUGAAUCCAUCAAUGGCUGCUUUUAUUCUAUCUAAACUCUCUAGCAAUCACUACUUGGUUCUUCAAUUCUUUUUAUGGGUCUCUGACCAACCAGGAUUCAAGCACUCAGUUGAGACUUAUUGCACAACGUUACUGGUCUUGAGCAAUGGUGGUUUGAGAAGUGGCAUAUUCGUUCUUAUCCAAAGGCUCAUAUUCAAUCACAGUAAGUCUUUUCUAAUUGAAGCUGUUGAUUUCCUUGUCAAUCACUCUGUAAAACCGAUGUUUUUGGAUACGAUUAUUGUUUCUCUGGUAAGGGUUCAGAUGUUUGAGGAAGUUGUUUUAGUGGUCGGUGUGAUCAAUAGACAUGGUUAUAUUCUUCCUUUCCAAUAUUGCAAUAGAUUGGUGAGAUUUUUGAAGAUGAACAAGGGGAUUCUCGAUUUGAACCAUGUGAUUUUCUCCUCAUUUACUAGGUGCACAAAGAAUUUGGGGAGUAUCAAUGGAAUAAACAAUUGGGUGGUGAUUCUUUGAUCAUAGGAAAAAGUAUGGGUAAAAAUUCAUCAAGAAAUUUGGGCUCUAGAAAGUUUAUUCUGAAGAAUAAACGUCCGAAAAACAAUGCCUUAAAUAGGUUGAAGAAAAUUGGUGCAGGGGAUGGGUACACUGAUUCUUCAGGGAAUAAAUUGGACCCCAAUAUUUGCAAGCACAUUGGCUUGAUCAGGGCGUUGUGUCACAAAGGCAAGGUAGAAGUUGCUCUUAGGUUGAGAGAAAAAUUGCUUGUUGUUCCUGAUAUUGGUACUUAUAACCACAUGAUGAAUUGUCUCUGCAAACUGGGAUAUCUCGCAAAGGCAAAUAGGCUUUUGAAAGAGAUAAUGGAAUUGGGGUUGAUCCCCGAUUGUGUCACGUAUACUACAUUAGUUGAUGGGUUCUGUAGAUUUAAUUAUAUAGAUGGUGCUUUUGUUCUUCUAAAUUUUAUGGUGAUGAAUGGCAUCAAACCCAACAGAAUCCCUUGUAAUAUACUUGUUAAUGCCCUUUGCAACAGGGGUCAAUUGGAAGAUGCUAAUAAGCUUUUAGCAAAGUUACUAACUGAGCACAAGGCCUCUAAUCUGAUCACUAUGACCAUUCUUAUGAAUGGACAUUGCAGGGAAGGGAAUAUGCUUAAGGCUCUUGAAUUAUGGGAUGAAAUGUUGAGAAAAGGUAUCUUGGUAAAGGUUGUUUCAUAUAAUGUUAUUAUUAAUGGAUUUUGCAUGGGAGGCGAUAUGAGCUUUGCUUAUAAGUUCUUCUCUGAAAUUUAAGAAGGGAAUUUCUCCUAACAUUGUGACAUAUAGUACUCUCAUAAAUGGACAUUGUAGAGAAGGGAAAUUGGUAGAAGCAUGGAUCAUGCUCUCUAAAAUGUCUUCUAAUGGUGUUUUACCUGAUCACAUCUCUUAUGCACUGGUUAUUCGAGGCCUUUGCUUGCACGGAAAUGUAUGCAGAGCACAUCAGCUUCUCCACAAGAUGUUAGAUGAUUCUAUCCUUCCUGACCCUUUUGUGUGGAAUUUAGUUAUUGAUGGGUAUGGAAGAUGUGGAGAAAUAGAGCUUGUAUAUGAGGUGACAUAUCAUAUGUUAGCAUUAAGUGUGGCGCCCAACAUUUUCACCUACAAGGCCCUUAUUCAUGCUCAUGUGAAGGCAGGAAAUCUUCAAGGAGCAUUCAUGUUGAAGGAAGAGAUGUUUGAAAAUGGGAUUCUUCUUGAUGUGGUUACGUACAACCUGCUUAUAGGUGGGUUGUGUAGUUUUGGUCAUGUAUAUUUUGCAUUUCAAUUGCACGAUGAAAUGUUAAGAAGAGGGUACCACCCUGACACAGUCACUUAUACAGAGUUGAUUCGUGGGCUUUGCAUAAGUGGCAAAACACAUGAAGCCCAUGAGCUUUUGGUUAAGAUGAAGAAAAUGGAUGUGCCUCUUGACCAUGUACCAUAGCACAUACUUAUAACGAAAUAUUGCAAAGAGAAGCAGUUGGAUAUUGCAUUUGAUCUCUAUGAGGAAAUGUCAGAAAAGGGUCUCCGUAGUAAGGCUUGUACCUAUCGUACCCUUAUUACUGAAUUGAUGAAGAAGGGCCUUUUUAAAGAAGCAUAGCAUGGGUAUAGAAUCUGCAAUAUAGGGUAGAGAUUUCAUUGCUAUUUCAUACAUGGAAGUCUCAUUGGGCACCUCUUAGAGUCCAUUUGGUUCCCAAAGUUGCUUCAUAGACAUGGGUUUUCCAUGUCAGGGGUGAUAUAGCAUGGCACGGGCAGUCCAAAAGAUUCUCAGAUAUUUGAGCUCCUCCGGUGUACCAGGAGAUGAGCACAACACAUUUAAAUGUGUGCAUCAAGAUCGUGCUUUGGGGCUCGUGAGGUAUUAUUCUUGUAUGGGGUACGGCCUUUCUCGUUUUGACAGAACCUCAUUAAAGAAAUGCACAAUUGCACCCAAGUGAUCUCACUUCUUGUUGCACUUCCUUUCUGUUCGUUACUUUAAAUGAAAUCUGGUGCGAGGCUGGAAUAUUUAAAUGUCAAGAAAUGGCGUAAUAUGUCUCAAGUAUUCAAAAAGUGAUUCCCAAUUUGCGGUUCCUAUUGACCACCACUGUGGGGGAACCCUCAAUGGACCUAGUUUUUGAUGCACUUCAAAGAAGUUUCCUUGGGUUUUCACCGCAGUCAUAAAAUGGACAAGGAGAGAAGUCACGUGUUUCAGGCCCUCUUAAGGUUUGGGUGUUACGACUUCUACAAAAAGAAGAAGUUUGUGCAGAGAAAGGGGGGCAUGUGAAGAUGCACGAGUUCGUGAGGAACUAUGCUUCACUUCUCUGGGGUUCUGCACUUCUCUCCUCUGAUGCCCAUGGAUAAAGAGAUAGAGUACAUAAAGCCAUGUACUACAGAAAUAGAUGGAAAUACAAGUAAAAUGACACUAUUUCCCUGUGACUACCAACUUGCUUUUCUCACACUGAUGUUCUUUAUUCAUGAACAUCAGUUUGUUGACCAAGAUUUGAGAGUGGCUUUGUCUGCGGACAGGUAUUUAUAAGAAAGAUGCAUAUGUUCAUGAGCAAAUUUCUUUAGUUUAAGUGGCUAUUUCCCUAAUUGUUUUUGUGCUUCCACGAAAACUGAAUUAAAGGAAACUUGGACCGAACUUGGAAUAUCAAAUUGGAGUUGGAGUUGUCAUGAGAAAUUUGUAUCUUUGUAACCCAUGUAAACAAAUAACCUUACUACAGGUAGAAGGCAACUCAGAUACCCUGAUUUGAAUUGGAUUUAAAUGGUAUGUUUGUAUCUUACACUUUUGACAAUAGUAAAUAAAGUCCAGCACAAUUGGCAUCUCGAAACUCAAUUUGGGAUGAUGAGGGAGAGAAGCGUGAUCUACUAAACAUGCCUUAAAUGUCCUUGGUGAUAUACACAGCUUCACUUUUCAAGUAUGACUUGCAAAGAUAAAAUUGGCAAAUCUUUCCAGUGGCAUACAUCUAUUUCACUCACGUGGUAGCUACUAAUUGGAAAGGGGAUUGUAUACUGUGAGACCAUUCACCUUUGGUAUAAGGACGUCGCAAUCAUCCUUAACAAUCGAUUGUAAACUCUAAUGCUAUGGGGUGCGUCACAAAGUCAAUGGCACUCAUUCAACCACCUGAUUUGAUGUCCAAUGUCCGACGGUAAUUGUGACCUCCUUAUAUCAAAUGUAAAUGGUCUUCUUUUAUACUUUCCCUAGAAAAAAUUGCUUUCUUUUCUUCCCUUGUACUUUAUAACAUGCACUAUUCUAUGUGUCUUGCAUCAAAUUGUUGUUAUUGUUGUAAAUGCAUUUUGGUUUGAUAAGUCAUGAAAAAGUAAAUUUUUGGAGUAUAUGGAGCGAAGUCUUUGUAUUUGAAACAUGGCAAUGAUGAAGGUUGUUGAUGCCAGUGGGCCACAAGGACUUCCAAGUUUGUUAUAGUAAGGCUGUCACUGGUCGUAUUUCAGUGGUAUGCUUUUCACUUGAUGAGGAGGUAUGCCAUUUCUAUUGGUAGAACUUAAAAUCCUUGAUGUCUUUUUUUGUUUGUUUGUUUUGCAUGAUGUGGAUUAUGGCCAUCCUCCAUCAAUUCUCUUAAGCAAGUAGAUGUAUUUCUCAAGUAAUAUAAAGGCAUGCGAUGACCUAUUAGAAAGAGAGCGCCUACUUGUUAAGGCAAACACGUAUAACAUGCUAUCGUAUACCCAAUCACCCGAUCUUACGGUUCAAAUUCGCUUAUUUACUGCUCAACAGUCAUCCAAAAGAAAAGACUUUCUCUCGAGACUUGUUCUUGGCAGCGAGCCCAGCCUGUCAUUGCGAAUGAAAGCUAGUGAGCAUCGGAUCAAAAGGUGGUAGGUUCUCUCCAAUUAAUGGAACAUCCAACAAAUCACUGGUACAUACUCGAAGCCGACGAAAAUCCCCAGGCUCGAUGAACUUUUACACUCCCAACCUCCGUGAGAACUUGAGGGCAACAUGAAACCCAAUGCUGAAGAAUAUCGGAAAGUACAAUCAUGUUGCCUUUGAAGAACUUCCCCUCUAGGCCUUCUUCCAAAAUUGAAAGGUACUAGAGCAAUUCUUGGACCACCUUCUCUUGUUCAUCUCCCUCUGAGUAUGACAUUCUCCAUAGAAGAGGAAGCAUCUCUACAAGCCAAAAAGAAAAGAGAGGUAUGAGAUAGAAUGUAGUAUUUUCACAUAGAGGUUCAUUGGUCACGCAUAUUGUUGUCUGGUACAGCCUUAAUUUGCAUGAAAUUUGUGUCGUUUUGGCACUUGAUGACAAUGGAAAGAGGAAAGUAUGAAUCAUAGAAUGUUUAUGCAUUUGCACUGGCCAGAGAGUGAGAGAGAGGUACUAUGGAGAAACAUUUCAUACAGAAUUGUAUGGCAUAGGGUAUGCAGAAUGGACAUUUUUAUUUGUAGAUUCUGGCACCGGAAUCCAGCAGAAAAACACAUAUGGUAGCAUCCACCAGUCUGUUCCUACUGACAGACUGAAGAGAUCACUCUUACUUGGGUUUGUGCA